UUGAAGUAAGUAGGAACUUGACGAAGAAGAUCGGGAAACGAGUGAUCGUCGGCAAAACUGAUCGGUAGUGAUGAAGUAAAACCGGAAUACCGAUCGACUGGCCAGUUUAGCUGCUUGACAAACAAUCAGAACGAAUCUAGUGUAAAGUGGCGAUGCAAAUGUUACCUCGGCGCCUCUCGAACAAGUCAACUAAAAAGUCACAACACAUUAUCUGACCUAACGGAUCUUGUCUUGAAUUGAAGUAGUAGGAAAGAUGAGUAAGAAAAAGAGUCGCAGUCAUGCGUCAGUCAGCAACAUCCCAGACGUGUUGGAGUCUAGGGAGAUCUUCUUCACCAAUUUAUUGCUUCUUGGAUUUGAACCUCAAGAAGCUGAGAGGCGACAUAAAAUUCCAUUCAACAGAGAUAUGUUUGCUCUUCCAAACAAGAAAGCAUUUGAAGUUGUCAUGCAUUUCUUGUUUGAUCGACUAAAUCCAGCCAUGGCUCAUGAAAAAUUCAGAGAUUGUUGGCCGAUCUUUGAUAAGAAACAGGAACAGGCAUUCAGAAAAGCUGUAAGCAAUCAACUCUCUGAGAUUUCUGCUGAGGAUCCAGUAGCCAAUCUACCCCGCAUCGUACCAUCCUUGUUCAUGUCUCCGGGUGGUGAUAGGUUCUACUUCCUCCUGUUACAUUUCUCUCAGUAUGUCCUCUAUAAAGUCAUCAGACAGGAAAACAGUAAGAGAGAGCGAGACAUGCUACAGAGACCUAAGUUACUACCGUCAGUCUCUCAUCUAGGGCAUAUCAUGCUCAAGACGACCCAAUCAGCUACUGUGAGACAUAGAAAGAGAUUCCUAGAGAGAGCUCAACUCAUGGUACUACUGCAUAGAGAGUGGAAACAAUAUGCAAAUGAGCUUGUGAAGGAGCACAGACAGUUAUCUAAGCAGCUACGUGAUAUUGAACAUGAGAUCCGAGAUUGCCAAGCUGCGUCCUACGAUCAAGCCAAGGCUAGGGGAAGUCCAGUUACUAUGAGACGUAGAUCGGGUGGGAUGACGACCGGAGAACAAGAUAUGCAUGCUGUCAAACGGACUCAGAAGAUUCAAAAGCUAAGAGAACUUUGGAAAACUGUGGAUUCGUUCUAUGUCACCCAGUCAGCAGAGAGAGAUGUAGUGACCUCAGUCUUACAAGAGGUUGAAAAUAAAUACCGUCUAGAUGCAGGAGAGAUUAAUGUCCAAGUCCCAGAGAUGUUGCUUCGAGAAUGUCAACAAGAACUCCAGAGGCGUAAUGUUGGGAAUACUUACGAAGGCGGUCAACUUAAUCUAGUCACGCUGAUCCAGCUCUGGAACCUCUCACUUCAUCUCUACUUGGAGAAAAUCCAUCAAGCACCAAUGCCAAGAUUUGAGGAGUAUUCUUCUGAGUUAGUAACCCAAGUUCACACUCAUCAUGCACACCUUGCCAAUACACAGGCUGUUAGAUCCACAUUAAUCAAUGAAUUAUUACCAGAGCUGAAGACAUCAGUUAGUCAACUUCGUAAGAAAGUCAGCGAAGGGAAAACACCCAGCAGGAAAGAUACACUCAAGUCUUUUCAGCUCAGUUCUUUAGGUCUAGACUUACUGCCCCCUACUCCACCCGUCUCAUUUGAACCUGCCGCUGUGAGGUCUCAAGAUGAAACGCCUACAAGACUACCUGCUGCAGGAUCUCUCAAGAUAAAUACAUCUACAGAUACUCCAGAGGCUGUGUCCAUGUUAAGUGAAACCAUCAAUAACGAUGCGCUUAGACACGCUGGACUGAUACAAGGAACACCAACAAGCAUGCUUGGAGACCUAAGGAAACAGACCAAUGGCCCAUCCAAGCUACCCAUCCCUAUAGGAACCACAUACCCAGAGACCACCCACCACCGCAAGAGAGUUAAAUCGGCACCAUCUAAAGUGGUACCCACAUCAACCCAUUCAUCACUACAUACCCCAUUCAGGCACCUAGGUACCCAAGCAACUAAUGCCACCCAGAUCAAUGGUACUGCAUCCCAUAAGAAGGGUGUGAGAGUGGGUAAGAUGGAGCGGGAUGUGACCCAGGGGUACAAGACACAACCUAGGAAGGGGGCUGAGAGUAGAGUCAGUAGAGGAAUGACGGAUCAUAGGAAAGAGGACUUGAUAGAGGAGAAACCAUGGAGACGAAAGAAAACAUCAAAAACAAAGGUAUCACGUCAUGAUGAAACAUCCCAAUCUCUAUCAUCACAUACACCAGUAGCUUCUACAAUAAAGAGAGAUGUCAUGUCAAGCGCCUUGAGGCCUAAGACUACACCUAGAGCUCAUCAAUUACUUGUGGAUCAGAUUGCUGAUGCAGUGACGGAUGGAGGGAACAUAACACCAGACUUCUUGGAAAUGUUAAGGACUCAAUCAAAAGAGAACACUCCUCUAGAUUUGGCUCUUCAGGAUCCCGUGGCAGGAUUAGAUCAAGAGGCUUUUAUCAGCAAAGAUAAGUUGGCGAGGACUCCUGUUUUAGAUGAGAGUACACUUGGCACCCCAAGGUCAAUGGAUACCCCUCAAGACAGGCUCCCUAAAACACUCUUUGAUUCAGACUCAAGCCCUGAUGUCCCUACAAGCCAGAGGAGAGAACCUAUGGGUGCUACAGAUACACAUGAGUCCCAAGAACAGAGCCCUGAGGGACACAGCGUACACAUUGGUAACCUUCUUGACCUGGGGUCACCUGAGACCCAAGGAGAGACGUCGUUCCUGCCAUCAAAUCGUCUCCAGAACCAUCUUCUUGAUCUUGAUAUUGAAGUAUCACCAGAUGAUGACCAACGAUCUUUCACUGAUCAUGAAUUUGAUUCCCCGUUGCUUGUAAGGAGGCCAGAACUCUCUGAGGAUCUUGAGCUAACCCUAGCUGAAGUAUUCCAGACCAGGACACCUCAGUUAUCAACACGAGCAAAGACGAGGAUUGCAGCUCACAAGCAGAAGGAACCACUUCCAAGUUUCAAAGAGGAUGAUGAAAUGACUUCAUCCACACAUGGAACUCCACUAACACUUCACAGAGACACUGAUAUUAUUGAAGGGCUAACCCCAAAUUUAGAUGUGAUACGUCAAGAUAGGAUUAUGAGGCAGAAACAGACAAGAACUCAGCAACCACAGGCUCCGGAUCCAACGCCCUCAGCUGAAUUGAGUAGCAGUAAGGUUCGGCAAGUAAGUGGUGGCUCACAAAAGAGUGUGACUUUCUCUGAUCAUGUUGACCAGCAGAGCUUUAAUAUUAGUGACUUUAGCCCUGACCGGUCAAACGUUGAUAUGACGCCACCCAAUGACCAUGAAUCAGUUGAUGACCCUUAUGUCCAGGCAGGACAGCCAAGGCCGAGUGGCUACUCAAUCCUUGGAAUGGCCAACAAUGGAUCAAUUGAAGAACACCGAAGCCCAGAGAAAGCUACCAACACAUUCCUGAGUGAAGUUUAUCUUACACACUCCCCUCCCCCACAGGACAGACCCAGUGAAGGCCUCUACGCAAGCCCUUUACAAUCUGAUCUUCUGUCAGAUUCUGACCUAGGUCAGGAUUAUUCCAUGAACCUCUCCAAGGCCUUGGAUGAUCUCCUGGUUGCUAUUUCUCCAGAAAUCACUCCUUCUAGGACCCCAAAGCUCAAUGCGAGACACUCCUCAAACUGGAUGCAACAGCAGAGAAACUCUGUGACUCCACACAGGGAUAAGAAUAGUUCCUUGGUCGAACCUUCUUUGAAUCAGACAGAUGAUUUCAUCAAGAUGACAUCUGGAACUUCACCGCUGCUUCAAGAAUUGUCCAAUUUACAUCUAUCUAGAGUGUCUGGUACCCAGUCUUCUUUCACACCAAAUCGGUAUACACCUGAUACCUCAAUGAACUUUGGUCUGCUAGAUGAAGAUGAUUCUAUUUUGCUUCCAACCUCGCCAGCUCUUGGUCAAGGAAUCCUAGUGGACAUUGAUUCUCCUUCAAUGUAGCUAUGACUGGAUGGGUCAAUCAAUCCCAUUUAUUGGAGCUUUAUUCAACCAAUCUCAUUUGUGGUAACGAUGUUGAUAUUCAGCCUGGCUGUUACUCAUUCUUAUCCAGAUUCACCUUUGACCUCUGUUGGUGUCACACUUGAUUACAUUGUUAUAGUAACACCACUCCCUAGUGAAUCAAUUCAACUAUUGGGAGUUUGAUUGACAUUUGAUUGUCUUUAUCAUGUGAUACCAUUCAAUAGAGAUGUUAUCAUUUCUUGGGAGCUUUUUUUGGCCUUUGUAUUGGCGUCCUGUGCGGACAUUUCAAGACAUAUCAACUGUUUUAUAAUUGCACAUACACUAUAAUAUACAAAAGCAUGUAAGUAGCUGCAGUUAAACAAAUAACUCUAUGCAACUUUGACACCAAAUAAUUACACGAGUCGGUAUGUCUGAAGCAAGUUAUUUCGACUUGACUUUAUUCAUCAGUAAUUCAAUUGAAAGCGUUUUAUGUGAUCACCUUCACACUUAUUUUAAUUUGUCAAUAUUUUAUUAAAUUUGUGGUGAGUUUGUUUAUGCAUGCAAUGCAUUGUUUUAAUAAUAAGUGACUUAUGACAAAUCUACACAGAGUUAAUAUGUGCUGAUAGAAUGUGAGAGUGCAAAUCUGUACACAUUUAUUUUGUACAAUAAUGUACAUGUACACAUCAUUCGUUUGGUGCUUGUUAGUUUAUUAGUGAGCUCGAGUUCAUUUAGUUUUUAAGCAGGCAUUUAAUUUCAUUAAUGCUCUUUUUCCUAUGUAGUCACAAAAAAAUGCCAAAACCUGGUAAUGAAUUUUGGAUAUUUAGUUACAUCAACUGCAGUAGUAAAAGCAAUUUAUUUAUCCUCGGCAAAAUAGUUCUGUGAACACUUGGACCAAAUUUGAAAAAAGCUAUUUAGCAGUAAAGAAUUGCUUUACACUUUAAUUUCAGCAAAGUAAGGCUAUAGGUAAGAUCUGUUAAGUUUAUCAAACGUAAUGCCUAACAGUUGUAUGUGCGACAACGUAGAUUUUAGCAGCUCCAUGAGCCAUCGUUUUGUUGAUAUGGUGGACGCAAUCCUAUGACCUUUUGAGGUUUUUCUUAUAUACACAUAAACCAAACAGCGCACCUGUAGUGUCCAUCAUAUCUCAAAAAGGUUACUGAUUUAGCGUUGAAUCGUAGAGGAAAGACUUCUCCCCCAUGGUUAAACACAACUGCUGUCAAACUAAAUUGUAUUUGAUUGGAAGUGCAGGGUAUUUUUGAAAUAUCAUUAGUAAAAAAAAAAAAAUGAUAAGUUUUCAAAAACAAACCAAACUUAGGAAAGUGACAUUUCAGAGACUCUGAUAACUAGGAAUUAUUUUAAAAUGGUUGAAUGUGUCUAACUGAAAACCACAGAAUUAUUCCAUAUUUUCUUUUCUCCAGAGUAGUAAUUUAACUUUGUACUUCUCAGUUGAGUGUAAAAUAAUUUCAUAAGUGUGGAUUGAUUUAAUAUAGUAUGGCCAAACUGAAAACUGAAUUUGAAAUAAAUGAGUUUUUA